AUGGAGAUAAAAAAGAAUCAACAGUAUAUAGCCACGAUAUUAUCAUUUAAGAAGAUUGACUAUGAGGUGGUAGACAUUUCUGUUCAGGAAGGUGCGAGAGAGGAGAUGGGGAUAUUAGCUGGCAAUCCUGAUGUCCGUCCACCACAGCUCUGCAACGGAGAUACUUAUUGCGGGGACUAUAGUGCUUUUGAAAAUGCUGUUGAAGCAGAGACGCUUGAAGAAUUCCUGAAACUGAAGUGAAUCCCUGAACAUCUUCCAAGAGUGCACUUUGUUAUAUUUUACUGUAGAUCAUAAAAAGCAGCAAAUAUUAGUGCAUUUUUUUUCUUCAGAUUUGAUCUUAUUUCAUAUUUGCUUUGUUAGGAAUGAGUGAUUACAUUGAGCUAAAUUUGAAUAUAAUAGACUAGAUGGUAUAUGACAAGAUAUAGUAAAAAUAGAAUUGCCCAUGCAUAAGGGCAGUCACAACCUACGUAUAGGAUAUGGGUAGAU